AUAUUGAAUAGUGGAGAAUACUAUGAAGACGUUCAUGGACAAGUACUUUUUAGAUCAGUUGCUUCUAGACCUGUGCGUUUUUUGUUCCACCACUAGUUUGAAACAAUCUCUUGGGUUGAAGAGCUAUGACCAAUUGGAAAGGAUUUUUGUAAAGGAUGCUAGCACUUCAACAGAUUCUGAUUUAGUCUUCUUGAGUUCUGCAUUUACAUACUUGUUACAGGAAAUAUCAGGAGAUCAAACAAAACAAAAUGCAGAACAAGUUCCGUAGCAGAAGUAGAACGAGAAAGAAUUAUUCUUCCAAGGAACGAUACGAAUAUUGUCCAAAUAGAAGAUAUGAAAAGUGGAGCAAAUGUCACUGCAUCAAGUAGUUCGCUCUCCUCAUUGGAUUGGAACUUUUCCCUUCCUCUAGUGGGACUUGUGACAAUCAAGUAGAUGGAUAUGUUUCAAAGCUUACGCGUCUUCCGGUAUCGACUCUAAAAUACAUUUUUCCUUUGAAGACUUGAUGGAUGCAGGAAUUAGAGAGAAAGAUAUCGUGAAAAUUUUGUUUUGGUUGCAAGAUGUUUCCACAGAAUAGAGGUAAUCCCAUUUUAUUACUCGUGCUUGUCUUGUAAAGUUAGUCUUUGUGGUCGUUGUUAUUAUAUACUUGUACCUUUUAUUGUGCAAAGACCAUUUGGCUUGUUCUCUACCUUUCAAAAUUUCUACAAUUAUUUUUCUCUAGCUACUUGGCACAAGUUUGUCUAGUAAACUCAAGCUUUUCUUAAUAUGCCAAACAUUCCAAAACUUUCACCCAUUUUGAUCAUGAAUGGAUAUGUCCUUCCUGUUCAAAUAAUUGAGUAUAAAAGAUACUGAUUGUUAUACUUCUCCUAAAUGCUCAUAUAAAUGUUAAUGAGCCUUU